AUGGCCCGGACGACUUUCCUCCUUGCCGUUGUGUGCCUUGCCCAGCUCGGUGCGUCUGUGCGCCAGAACAUGGACCUGGCCGCAAGAACUUUGACUGCGCUGCACACCACGGAGCCUUCGCCGUUUGAGGAGAUCCUCAAGGAGCCCGGCAUGAAGGAAUGUGGGAAGGCAAUUGAGGCCGUGCAGUCCCACCCCGCGCAUCGAGAGGUAUUCAGCCGGGACCGGGAGCCUCGGUGCGACCUUGUGGGCACGGUGAAGUGCACAUGGUCUUUCGUCGGCACCGACAAGACUGAGACUGAGCCAGGCAAGCUGAGAGCAGUGCCAAUGUCACCUUCGAUGGAGCUGAGUGCCGUGGUGCCAGCGUUGGCCGGGGGUGUGGCCAGAGGAUUGCCCAGCAGAUGGCUUCGCAAAGAGAACAAGGACAGCAGAGACUUCCUUUGCCUUAAUCGCUUGUGCACAGAGUUGGCUGCAAAAGACUUGGAUGUCCGUCAAAGGGCGGCCGAGUCAUUGGCGCAAUUGUCAAAAGGUGAUUCUUUCGCUGUGGUAAUGGCUAGCCAGUUGCAGCUUGUGAUGUGUGGGUUGAAGCCUGCCCAACCUGGACCGGUGAAGUUAGCCAUCCUUGGAGCAUUGCGCUCCAUUGCCGAAAAAGGCCACGCCGUCUCCGUGGCUUUGCACUCAAACACGUUGCUACCAUGUUUGGAAGACCAGGACAUCCUUGUCCAAAGAAAAGUCUCUGCGUUGUACCGUGUCCUGGCAGAAGAAGGUGCUGCUGGCAUGAUAGCACCAGACGUUAAGAGCAUAAUGCAAUGCUUCGAGGCAACUCAGGCAAAUGGUGUUCCCCUUGCUGCACCAUUGGAUGCGCUAAGUGCUAUUGCUAUUGCAGGAGAAGGCCUUGCGGUUGCCAGUGUCGUUGAUCCACUGCUGAGAAGCUUGAAGGAUGGUCGGCCUAAGAUUCGAAAGAGCGCUUGCGCGACUCUGGGUGCAAUAGCGAGUGGCGGCGCCAAGGAGCUUCUUGGGUCUUUAGGCCUCUGUGCCGAGGCACAGGGUCGAGGUCGAGCCUCUCUUUUUGAGAUGUUGGUCUGCACAGCGCUUGACGACCGUGAUGACGGCGUACGUUUGGAGGCUGCUGAUGCACUAAGAUGGUUGCCAGAAGCUGAUCCAGACACUUGCGAUGAGACACGUCAACGAUUUCCCCUGCUGGUCAAGCGUUUGCGGGCUGAACGGUAUGGACGGUAUGGAGACUCGCGAAGAGGAAGGAACACUUGCAUACAGACGGAUGGUGCCCACACUCGGAUCAACCGCUCACUCUGCACUGCGGCCACACUUUCCAUCACAAAUGCUGUCGUCAGUGGUUUGAGUGGCAAGAAAG